AUGAUGCAACAAAACAGUCAAGUUCCAGAAAAAACCAAAAAUGUGCAAAAACUCGAACAUGUGGGAAGUAAGGGUAGAACGUCAAAAGCAUCAAUGAAAACGAUAAAUGCUACGGUAGGAAAUAAGGAUUCGUUAUUAAGUACCAUUACCACAACGCCGGACGUUGCUGUUGCCGCUACUAGAAUGAGCUCUUCGAUGAAGAAAAACAACGAUAAUAAAGACAAUUUAAAAUCAAAUGAUCAACCAUUGACCAAAAGUUCAUCGUCGAUCGCCGUUACGAAUAAGACAAGUACUACGUUUGGUAGCGUGCGAGGUGUUAAUAGCUGCGUCGGUAAUGUGACCCACGGAAGUAGUGCAAAAGUAAAGGAUUAUUCUGUAAAAAAGUUUUCUAACGAAAUCGAUUCGAAAUUAAAUAAUUAUCAAAUGCAGGUGGAUUACAAAGAAACGUCUGUAACGAAUCAGGAUUACAAAAGUCGAAGUAGCAACACAAUGACCAACUUGCCAACGAGAUUUUCUAAUCAAACGUCCAUCCAAGCUUUGCAUCGAGAAAAUCAUAUGACUUUUAAUGUUCAUUCUCGUCCAGUGUCCAGAAACGAUAAUACAGCAUUUGCAGUGGCUAGAAAGGCUUUGGAGCAACAGAAUCCAGUAGCAAAAAUGGCACCAAUCAAUUUCCCUCCAUUGCGCGCACCACAGAGUAUAGUUAACGUGCGGCAUCCAUCUGUAACCGAAGCUAGGAUAAAGCACAACGAGAUAAGUGGUCUAAAUAUCAAGUCAAAAUUGAACGUAUCAAGCUCUUUGCAAAGUGGCAUGAAAGAUUUGGAACACAGCAGGCAAACUUUUCAUAAUUAUGGUACCUCGCAAAUUGCUGGGAUACCGAAUGUUCAGAAUCUGAGCAACGUUACGGCAAACAUUUCGGCAUAUCCUAGGCCCGAUUCAUUUCCACAGCCAACCGUUGCUAGUGUGCUAUUCCCGGAGACAGCACAGUUUCCUCAAUCUCCUCCGUUCAGUACAACGCAAAUUGGUCAACUAAAUCAAUAUCAGACUUAUGAUCCUAGUAGUUUUGCUACUACCCCAGUGAGCGUUAAUCCGGUGAUCCCUCAGUUCUCAGCGGAAAGUUCUAUGCCAUAUCCGCAAUACGAGAAUCCUCCUCAAUUCGUGCAACCAAAUCAUUAUCCGCCCGCAGAUAUGGCGAGCAGUCAAUAUCAAUAUCAACCUCCAGGAGUUGGUCAAAUACAAGAUUCACCGAUGUUCAUCCAAAGCCUGCAAAGUCCAAUAACCGUAGCGGAUCAAUACGCAGCAGCUCCGAAUUAUGCCAGGGCAGUCAGGGCCGAGCUGAUGCCUCGUUUAAGAAGACCACCAAGAUUUAAUAAGUAAAUUAGAGAUAUUUUCCAAUGACACUAAUUUCUACCGUUCUACCAAAAUACUCUAUCAACGAAAACUGGAACUUGUACUGUUAGAAAUGUGACUUUUGGGAGUCGACUAUGGGACACGACUUUAUGUUUUUUUUUUUACACUUCGAUAUUUAAUCUAGACUCUCUCAGUAUAGAUAUAAUAUCUAAAUAAGUCUCUUAUAUCGAAGGGCUUUCUUUUUGUUUUUUUUUUUUUCCUACGUAGGUUGCGACACGUCCAUGUCGAAUUUAUUCAUAUAACCAUAAUUAAUCCUCGUAUAAUCUCGCGAGAAAAAGAUGAGAUAAAAAUUAUUUCAAUUAUUGAUCCAACUUGAAAUGGAUUUUAACUAAUCUGAAUCGUGAUGGCGAUUUAAUCGUCUAAAAUAACGAUAGGAUAUAAUAGGUAUUUGAAUGAAUUCGCAAAGAAUAAGGACAUCGCAUAUUGGGCGACCAUUUCAGUAUGAACUUUAAUUAAAUGAUAUUAAAUCGACGUCGCCAAAAAUUUUCUAAUACGCCAUUGAUAAGUGACACGGCAGGGGACAGCGCUUUAAGUUCGACUAUAAACAAUAAUAUGGCGUAAUUUAUCAUUGUUGCGAAUAUAUACGAGCGAUGAGGGAGAAAGAAAAAAAAAAAAAAAAAAAAAGAAGAAAAAAAAAAGAAAAAUGAAACAAGAAACAAAAAGAAAAGAAAAAGAAAAUGAAGAUUAACAAUCUGCAACAAAUUUAUCAAACUGUAAAUAAAUUGUAAGCGCAGAUGAAAAGGGGGAAAAAAAAAAAGAAGAAGAAGAAGAAGAAAAAAAAAAAGGGAAAAGAAAAAAUAGUCAUACGUCUUAUAUUAUAAAAUAAUAAAAUAUUGGUCGAGGAACGUAUUCCGACCUAACUUAUUUUCGAAUCUCGCGUCAAUUUUCAACGUGGACGAAAGUAAGGCUGUGCCAGCGCGUGUCGCGCAGGAGUUUCGAGUUUUCGCGAACAAACGGGUACGAAACAAUCGCGUUCACGUCGUGUACGUUGAAUAUGACAGACGAAUGAAUACUGUGAAAUAAAACGAAAUAAAGAGAAAAUGAGAAAAGCGUUAAGUUAAAAGAAAGAGAGGUUCGUGAUGUCUUGUAAUACAAGUUCUAAUAUUGUGAGAAUGAAUGGUAUUCUACUACAAGCUAUACUUUGCAUAGAAUUAGUGGGAAGUUUUCCAGUAUUUACAGUAAAUAAACUUAGGUUCAUAGCUAUGUUUUUAAUGUGCUUCACUAUUUACAAUUAAAUUGUAUUGAGGGUGACAGCGUUGUGACACGCUGUUGUAUAAAGUCAGAACUGCAGUUACAUUUCAAUGAUAGAGAAUGAAAGAAAGAGAGAGAGAGAGAGAGAGAGAGAGAGAGAGAGAGAGAGAGAGAGAGAGAGAGACAAUGGCACAAUUAUAAGUUCGAAUUUUAAUAAGACGAAAAAAAAAAGAAAGAAAAAAACAGAAAAGAAAACAAAAGAAAAAAGAAGAAACACACAAGGGACAUAAGAGAUGAAUAAUAAAUAUGCCGUUUACUGUAUUCUCUUUGCUCGCAAGCACUAACAGUUACAUCUCUCUACCAAAUGCAUAUGCACAGUGCAAACUUAGCUUUUGCCAAUCGUAUUAUAAUUAUAAUAAUACGCGAUCUUGGCAUAAUGUAAUAUUUCAAUGGUGUAUGUUUUUUCUUUAUUAUGGUACCUCAUAAACUCAUAAGCAUCACUUAUAUGCGUAUGGUUAAUCUAUAAGGAUUCCGUACUAAGUACACAUCACAUGACUUAGGAACAUUUUACACUUGUGUAUAUUCAACUUCUUCGAAUUGCCUUUGUACUAUGUUGACGUUAUCGUAUAUGAGAUUUUCUAAAAAUGAAAACUUUGCAAAACGAAACAUAACAAAACGAAGAAGAAGAAGAAGAAGGAAAAAAGAAGAACAAGAAAAAGAUAAGAAGGAGGAGAGAAAAAAAAUACAGGAAAGAAAAAAAGGAAAAAAUGAGAAAAGCGAAAAAAGGGAAAAUUAUAUAAAUGGUCAUGUAAAAGAACAUGCAUCAUGUGCCCGACACAUUAACAAACGUGUAUACGCUUGUAUGCACACACGUACAUAUUGCGCUGCUAUUCGAAGAUUUUCAUUUGUUAUCUUUUCUUUAUUUUUCUCUCAAAAAAAAAAAAAAAAAAAAAAGAAAAGAAAAGAAAAAAAAAACAAAAAGAAAUCAAAAUUCGUUCGUUGAUAAUGAUAAUAAUUCGUUUCUUUGCUAUUUCCAAAUGUCGAUUUUCUUCGUGCCCAUCGACAAAUUUUUUUAAUAGAUAUAUUUUAACUCUUAAAGAAAAAGUGUGUGUGUGAGCGAGAGAGAAAGAGAAAGGGAAAAAUAGAAAAAGAAACCACGUUAAUCUCGUGGAUAAAAAAUAAAACAAAAAAAAUAUGAUGUAUGCAUAUCGACGAUUUUUUUUUCUUUUUUUUAUUUUUUUUUUUUUUUUUUUUUUUUUUUUUUUUGAUACUAAAUACGACUGAGAGUUACGGUCUCAGAUCAGAUUAAAUACGAUUACGAUUGUACGAGUUUUUUUUUGAUAUUGUUACGAUAAUUCGACGAAUAAUCUGUGAUAUAUUCUUCUUGAUCUAUUACGUGUUCUACGUGUCACAUAUUUCUCGUAGUAUUUUCCUUUCUUUUUAUUUCUAUUUUCUUUUUCUUUUUUUCUUUUUUUUUUUUAAUUUUCUCUUUUAGAUACACGAUCGUACGAAUGUACAUACGUAACCGUGACACGACGGUAGCUUAAAAAGACGGGGGCCGCAAAAGAGACACAAAGAGACGAAAAUGUGCCGCGUGACGCGUGCUUGGAUACAAAAUCGACAGUACAAAAAUUUGUAAGAAACGAAUUAAAAAGAAAAAAAGAGAAAAAGAAAAUAGAAAAAAGAAAAAAGAAAAAAAAAGUCAGGACGUCUGAGAAGGAGAGAGAAAACGAGUGAUAGAAAGAAGGCGUACUGACGCCUUCCUUGCCGAGAUUUUUUCGACGAAAAUAAAUGAAAAAUGAAAAAAAAAUCUAACUUACAUAUAGGCGCCAUCUUUCUUAAAAGAAAACGUCGCCGUUGGGUUGCGUCUGACCCAUUUUUGCGACAAUACAUUAACACAUAUGUAUAUAUAUAUAUACACACACACACACCCACCCCCACAUAUACACAUACAUACAUACAUAUGUACAAACAUGGACACAUACAUUCAAUAAUUGGGCGCUUGUUUCGUACAUUUUGGAAAAUAAGCAUUAUUUAGAUGCAAAGUAUAGAAUUGUAUAUGCGUGUAAUGGACCUGCAUUGCUAGAAUGUUAACACGAACAGUAUUCUUAUAAGCGGAGAGAUUUGUUCUUUUUUUUUUUUUAUUUAUUUGUUUAUAUAUAUAUAUAUAUAUAUAUAUAUACAUAUAUAUAUAUAUAUAUAUCUCCGGAUCAUAAUCUAGAGAGAGAGAGAGAGAAAGAGAAAAUGAGAGUGAGUGUGUGUGUGAGAGAGAGAGAGAGAGAGAGAGUGAGAAUGAAAAUGAGAGUAAAAGCUCAUAAAACUCGUUUAAAAAAUAUAAACGAGAAAAAUAUAAUAAUCUAAUUGCGAAACGAGCCGAUUUUGCUCUUUAUAUAUUGCUGCAAGGAGGCUAUCCUUGCGUAUAUCUCUGUGAUUAUUUAAAUGUAUAUGCGCGUCCGAUCUAAGUGAACGGCGUUUAUUUAUAACUUCUACCCUUUUUUUACAAUAUUCAAAGAGGGAAAGAAGAAAAAAAGGAAACGAGGAAAGAGAGAGAGAGAGAGAGAGAGAGAGAGAGAGAGAGAGAGAGAGAGUGAGGGAAGAAGAGAGUAGAAAAAAAUUUAUUAGAAAAGGAUCAAUCGUAUGCGAUUCGAGCUUCCGACGAUUUGUCCUAUAUGAUAUAAUACGACGUACAUAUACAUACAUAUGUAUAAUAUUAUAUAUGUAUGUAUAUUUAUAAUUUGGCUCGUACAAAAAGACUGCGUUUUUGUCUAUUUAGGUUUCCGUGAUUUUAAGGCGGAGCUAUGUACGAGGAUUUUAUGAACGAGCGAGCGAACGAGCGAGCGAGCGAACGAAUGAACGAGAGAGAGAGAGAGAAAGAGAGAGAUAUAUAUAUAUAUAGAAAGAGAGUGAGAGACAGAGAGAGAGAGAAAGAAAGAAAAUCUAAAAUGCAUUUUUUUUUGCAUCAUCGACUCGGGCUACCAUCAUCGUUAUUAGUAUCUUUUUCUAUUGUUAUAUGUACGAAGAUGAUAAAUCGAUGAAUGUGUGAUCGUUUAAUGUGCGAUCUUUAAUGAUAGAGGAGAAAAACAAAUAUAUGUAUAUACAUACACACACGUAUAUAUAUGUAUGUAUACAUACAUAUAUAUAUAUAUAGAGAGAGAAAGAUAUAUAUACAUAUAUAUAUAUAUAUAUAUAUAUAUAUAUAUAUAUAUAUAUGAGAUGGUGAUUGUAAAAGUAAUCUAAGUAAUAAAACUAAAAAGAAAAGAAUUGAUUUAUUAUAUAAUUAAUUAUAAGGGUUACAUAAUAAAGUAAUUCUUUUUUCUUUUCUAUCUCUUUUUUUUUUUUUUUUUGUAAUUUAACUUUUCCACUUAAACCACUUUUCUAAUCACCUAUUUAUACAUAUAUACACACACAAAUAUAUAUAUAUAUAUAUAUAUGUAUAUGUAUAUGUAUAUGUAUAUAAAUAUAUAAAGAAAUGAACAAAUGUAAUAAAGAAGGACGAAUGAAGGAUGUAUACAUGUAUGUACGUGUGCGUCUGUGCGAAUGAAAAUUUAUCGUAUAUGAAUGUAUGUAUGUAUUAUUUAGAUAAAAAGGAAAAAAAAAUAAAGAGAGAGAGAGAGAGAGUGAGAGUGAGAGUGAGAGUGAGAGAGAAUUUGUGAGUUCUUAAAUUUAAAAGAUGUGCAUUUCGUAUGUAUGCUUUUCUAUGUACGUACACGUACAUAGUAUCGUUUUAGCAUAAAUGUGAAAGUAAGAAAGAGCGAGAGAGAGAGAGAGAGAGAGUGAGAAAAAGAUUCUUUGUUGAUAAAUAAACGACGAAGGUGAAGGAAUAUCAAUCUUCUUCAUUUGGACGAAAGGAGAAAAGAUCGUGAGGGUGUCUUCGACACGAUCCUUCGAAGAACGAUCCUCUCUAUCUUUUUUUCAUCAUGUCUUAUAGCUCGGAGCAAAAAACGUAGCCUCAAACUCCUUUCCAUUUGCCCCGACUCCCCCCACUCUUUAACGCUUAACUAACUUUUAGAAAGUUGUGACGUGAAAUCGUUGAAGGGGCGGAAAGAUUAUAUGUAUAUAUAUAUAUAUAUAUAUAUAUAUAUAUAUAUAUAUAUAUAUACAUAUAUACACAUGUACAUAUAUAUGAAACGAGCUAGAAGGCCAAAAUGAAGAAGACUAAGACUAAAAUGACGACAAUGAUGAUAUAAUGAUGAUGAUGAUGAUAAUGAUGAUGAUGAUGAUGAUGAUGAUGAUGAUGACAAUGUAAAAAAUAUGAUUACGCGCGUAUCGACUUCAUCGCCCACCAAAUUUUUCAUAAAUUCCUCUUACAAUUAGCGUGAUAAAGUUAAUAUAUAUAUAUAUAUAUAUAUAUAUAUAUAUAUAUAUAUAUAUAUAUAUAUAUAUAAGUAUAUAUAUAAAAAAAAGAAAAAAAGAAAAAAAGAAAAACCGGAAAAAGAAAACCAAUAAAAAAAGGAGAAAAAAAAAAGAAAAGGACGAUAAAUUAUUCUUUGUAGAUAUGGUAAUAAAAGGGAUGUGUCCUUUUUUUUUUGUAACUCUUCGUUGCGUUAAAUAAGUUCGUAUUGAAAUAUUUCGCGAGAAAGGGGUGGGGGGAUGGGAUGGGGUGGGAGGGGUGGUCGAAGUGAGAGUCGGUCAUUUUUGGAUUCGAGUUCGAUCUAACUUAUCUAUGUAUAUAUGUAUAUUGAGACACGAGCGGAGUAAAAAUAGACGAUAUACAGUCACGACGACACACGCGCGUUACUUUAGGGACACGUGUCUCUUCGUGUUCAUCGAUAUUUGAUGCUACGCAAAAAUAGGUUCGAUUUUCGAUACUCCUCUUUCGAACUGAUCUCGGCCAAUCGAGUUUCAUGUCCGAUUGUUGAUAGGUGUAUGUAGAAAAAAAUUUUGUUGCUUUUCUUUUUUUUUUUUUCUUUCUGUUUUUUUCUCUUUUUUUUCCCCCUAAGUUCGCCCGCUUGCACCCAAUUAUUUUUUUCCUACAUUAUUACCUUGUAAUCCUUUCACUAUUAUUUUUCUCUCAAUUUUUUUUCUCUUUCUUUCUUUCUUCCUUCUUUUUUCUUCUCUUUUCUUUUCUUUUCUCGUUUACUUCUACAUUCUCCCGAAAGGAUACGUGGUUACUGUGCGCAAAUCUUUUCUUUCUUUUUCUUUUUCGUUUUUUUUUUCUUUUUCUUUUUUUUUUUUUUUUUUUUUUCGUUUUCUUCUUUUCUUUCAGUUUGUAAAAUAAUGUUUCGAUGCCGGCCACGUAUCGGAUAAAAUGUACGUAGUAUUUUUAAUACGAGAAGAUAGUAAAAUUUGUCUAUCUUUUUUUUGUUUCCUUCUUCUUUUUUUUUUUUUUUGUUCUUUUUUCCUCUAUCUCUCUUUCUCUUUCUCUCUCUCUCUCUCUCUCUCUCUCUCUCUCUUUGUUUGCAUCUCUGUCUCCGUUCUCGGUAUUAUUAUACGUUUAAACUUUUCUUUCUCCUCUUCAUUUAUUUAAAUCCCUUUUACGUUUAUAAAUAAAAUACUUAUCGUUUCGCAGAUUCGAUAGGAUGUACUAGCAUAUGAACACGGACAUAGCAUACAGAUAACGACUUUAAAUCGAUUUAACGAGAGGCCCUUUCUAUACGUAUCGCGUAUAAAUAUAUAUAACCAGGCAAGGUUGUUCUAUGUAUGAUUGUGCGUGUAACAUUGUUAAUAAAUCGAUGAUGCUUAUGAAA